UACGUCACUUCACCAUUUCAACGAUGGUUGGUCGAUGAGUUGAAAAUCGUGUUUUGCUCUUUCGUUUUGUUUUAGUUUAAAAGUUCAAAAUAAUUUAUUAAAUUAAUUACUUGUUCGAAUUGAAAUUAUUCUUAUUAAUCGAAGGUGUACAUUGUUUCCUACAUCAUCAGUGAUAAUGGACUACGCUGAGAAAAUUCUAAAGAAAUACGGAUGGCAAAAAGAAUAAAGAUGCGAAGAGGCGAUAAAUCCUUCGCAAGCAUUGUUACGGUCGCAUGAACGUGCCACCAGUGUCAUUGAUGCCGAAAUCAAAAUGUCUGACGAACGAUGGUACUUCACGAAAGAACAAUUGGAAAAUUCGCCCAGCAGAAGAUGCGGUAUAGACGCCGAGAAAGAGCUGAUGCAUCGACAACAGGCGGCGAAUUUUAUUCGCGAUGUGGGUAAACGUUUGUCGUUAACGCAGCUUUGUAUUAGUACAGCCAUCGUGUAUAUGCAUCGGUUUUACAUGUUUCAUUCGUUUACGCAUUUUCAUCGUAAUACGAUCGCGAUGGCGGCGCUGUUUUUAGCCGCCAAAGUGGAAGAGCAGCCGCGUAAACUCGAGUAUAUCAUAAAAAUGGCGCAGUGGUGUUUGCAAAAAGGUCAAACCAACACAGACUGCAACUCGGAAUCGUAUUUGGAGCAAGCGCAGGAAUUAGUGAUGAACGAAAAUAUACUUCUGCAGACGUUAGGCUUCGACAUGGCAGUCGAACAUCCGCAUACGUAUAUCGUUCAAUUCUGCGAGCUGGCCUCGCUCAGUAAAGAUAUCUCGCACGCUUCCUAUUUCUGGGCGUCGAAUAGCUUAUACUUGACGACGAUGUGUCUACAGUAUAGGCCCACGGUGGUGGCCUGUUUCUGUAUUCAUCUGGUUUGCCGUUGGUCCAAUUGCGAGAUACCGAAGAGUAAAGAAAACUUGUCGUGGUGGUCGUACAUCGACGAAAGCGUUACGCAAGAGUUACUCGAACAAAUGACCAACGAAUUUCUGGUUAUUUACGAUAAAUGUCCGUCCAGACUGAAGAAAAUAAUACAAAACUCGCAGAAGUCGUUAAGUAGCCAGAAUUCGUCUUUGGGUAGUUUAUCGUUCGACGGUGACCGUAAACCGAACGCUAACGGCGCUGGCCAUAGUAUGGCAUCAACGUCGUCCACGCAUCAUCCGAAGAUGCAGCUGACACCGCAGCAGCUGCUCCAACAGCAACCGCAACCGUCGUCGUCGUCGUCGUCCAUGGACGCUAAAAUCGACGCUAAAUUUAUACCGGGACCGAGUCGAGCGCAGAAAUCUUCCGCAUCUCUAUCCUCGUCCAACCAUCAUCAGAGCUUUCAUUCGCCGGCUGCGAAGCCCGGUGUUGCGACGUCGUCAUCGUCGGUCAAUGGCAGUAAUAGCAAUACAAUGUCAUCAUCUCAGCCUAACAGAAGUAAUUCAUCUUCGACUCACGUCUCGUCAUCGCAACAACGACAACAAUUACAACAACAACAACAGCAACAGCAGCAAAUGUCAUCGAGUUCCCAACACACUCCUCAUACUAAAGUGUUAUCCUCAGGCGCGAUUUAUAACGCGACUAAGUCUAAGAUCAAUCCAGCAGCCGGUACCGGCCAUUCGACCGGUCCUGCGGCUAAUACCGUUGCUCCAUCAACCAAAGAUACGAUCCGGCCAGAUCAACGUAAAAUGACCGACAUCAAGCAAGAACCUGCUUCGGUCAGCGUUAAACACGAAAGUAUUUUCCAACCGAUCAAACAAGAACCAGGCUACAACGCUACAGCCGCAGCUGUCGCGUCUAUUUCGAAUUACACCCAUCCAACCUCCAGUUCGGUCUCGGCGGCUGUGAAAAAUCCUCACAAUAAAAAAGAGAACAGUCUGCACCAAGAUGGUAGCCGGAUAACGACGAAUUCGCAUUCGGAUAUCAUAUCUAACGUGAUCAAAGAGGUAGCCAUGGCUAAGCAGAUCGAAAAACAACGUACGGUCGUUAAAAACGAACCGUCGUUGGAGAAAGACAGCGCAGCAAACGCGUCUGUCACAUCGUCCAGCAUCGAUGCCAUCGACAGUGUAAUAAACAGCGUCGUAGGUAGCGCUAAAUCGUCGAAAAAUCACUCGAUUUUUAGCCCAUCGCCGGUCGGGCACGAUAGUAUAGCACCGUCGCCUAUCGAAGAACGUACUAUACCCGCAGAAGUGCAUAUCAAGCAAGAACCAGCGACGACCACGACUCCGAGUAAAUCUACCAGUCGCCAAUAUCGUCCCGGUAUUCCGGACUCCGAGCUUAUACCCGUUAUGCAAAAAGUAGAAACGGUGGCCGGUUUCGAAGAUAUAUUCAAGAAGAACACGGUCGUCGUGCCUUCGUCGAGCUCGUCCGGCGCAAACGUACAUCAGCCAGUUAGUAAUCAUAAAAAGAACAACGGCGUUAGCGCCGCCAUACCAUCUUCUCUCAGUAACGUAAGCGUAAAGGAAGAACCGUGCGAGGUAAAAACCGAGCCCGGCGAACACUCCAAAUCUACCACUGCCAUUAGUCAACUACUACUUUCUAAUCAUAACGAAGAGCAGACUGCCGCUCGAGGCGAUAGAAUCGACGUGGCUGCUUCGGCCUCCGACGAAUGCUCGACAUCGCAUACGCAUAAAAAGAAGAAAAAACAUAAAGAAAAAGAUAAACGGCACGAUAAAGAAAAAAGGCAUAAAGAAAAGAAACGCCAUAAAGAAGACAAACAUCGACAUUGCAAAGAACACAGCAAAGAAAAAGAGCUCAAAGAGCCCGGACCUAUUAAAAUCACCAUACCUAAAGAGAAAUUAGUCGAUAUACCUAUGAAAUUAAAAAUUAAAAUUAAUAAAGAUCAAAUCAUACCGCCUUCGUCGACCGCCGAAGAAGGCACCAGUAACGAUUUCAAAUUGAAAAUUAGUAAAGAUAUGUUAAAAUCGCGUAAACGCGAACGUGAAUCCGAUCACGAUCAUUCGUCUAAAAAAUUCGCCCACAAUAACGCGAAUAAUUCGCAUAAUGGGUAUAAGGAUUACCUGUAGUAUAAUAGUAUUCUUACGGCUGGAAACCGUAUUUUUUUUAUGUACUUUUUUUACAUUUUUUAUAUUGUAAUACUUCGUUAUUUCUUUUCUCUAUGUAUUGUUUUUUGUUUAGUCUACGAAUAUGUUUUUUUUUCACCCUUAAUUUUUCGUUUGUUUUUUUUCUUAACUUUUUUUUUUCGUUUUCUCAAUUUACGAAUAACUCAAAAUAUCGUACGAAUCAGUUACCGAAAUAUUGUAUUUAUUAUUUAUAUAGUUUCAUUCUCAAGUUGAGCUAAAAUGUAUUCGAGUUGAAUUUAGUUAAUUAUUUAUCAUGUUGAUAAAAACCUUUUAGACUACGAAUAACAUUUAGAUUUUUGGUUUUCCCUGCUACAAUCGUCCGAGGGUAUUUAUGAUGAAUUUUUAGCAGAAAACUAUCCAUCAUCGCGAUAGGUUUUUUUAUAAAAAACCAUCGCUCAUACUGAGAUUCAACGAUAAUGCUGCUGCUGUUGUUGUUCUUGUUGUUGUCGUCGCUAGUAUGUAAGGACCCCUUCUGCGCUCAUGCUCGUUUAAUUUCCCAGUUUUUCUAAUUACUAUACUAUAAUCCAAAUUAUCGUAUUCGCGAGUAACUAUGUAUGAAAAUGGUUUUGUUCAUUUUUAUUAUAUUGAUUCUGAUUUUUUUUUCAUGUCUGAUUCCUUGAUACAUUGUGAUAAAACAAAUAAAUUAAGCGUUAUCGUAAUUUAUUUCAUACCUAUUUUUGGAGUAAUUUUUGUAAAAAAAAAAGAAUAAUUUUCUUACCAUUUUAUUUUAUUAUCCGUUUAAAAUGAAAGCAUGACUUCAUAAUUGUUCGUGGAAUUUGUUUCGUGAAUUAUAUACGUAGGUAUCUAUGUACUGUGUAUUCAUUAACGCCGAUGUAUUUUCGUAAUAGGUGAUGGAAUACGAAUUUAUGGCGUGUUUUUUAUUUCAUUUUCAACUUGAACGUGUAUUUUUUUUCGCGGAUUAAGCAAUUUUUUGUUUCGUUGUCGUUAUUGCGUUUUCUUGUAAAUUUUUACGAAAGUGUGAUUUUUCUCAGAAUGAUGAUCCUAUUCGUUGUUUAAAAAAAUUAGUGUUGAGUACGCGAUUUUUUUUUUUUAACUACUGGCUGGUCGAAAUAUUAUUUCAAAAAUUUGAAAAAAGUUUAAUAAGGGUUGCUUGUGUAUAUUGAUUUACUUUUUUUUGUUCUGUUCUUGAUUCAAUUAUUUAAAUUUUGGAUCCGGGUUGUCUUUUUUUUCUCGUUAUAUCGUUGUAAAUUACGAUCAGAUUUCUAGUCUCGUAUGUAUUAAAUGUAGAUUCGCCUAUUUUUAGUAUUGUCUUUAAUAUAAAAAUUACUCCAUAUUUGACACUUCAGUAACACAUUGUCAUCAAAUUCCGCGAGGUUUUUGUUAUGAUUUUCAGCUUCUUUUGAUAAGAAAAAUUACAAUCGCAAUUAAGCAUCAUUUUCCGAAGAAAAAAAAUUAAUUAAAAAUUAUCGCUUUUUAGUUCGAUUUAAUUUUUUUUUAAUUGGUGAAAAUUAGGUAAAUACACGUAAAUGGUUCGAAUAUUUUGUUAGGGUGAAAUUACAAAAUUCAGCGACUAUUUAAUGUGAAAUUUUAAAAAUGUGAUAUUGACGUAGUUGAUAAGUUAAUUAUAAGUUUUUUUUUAUGUAUAGAUUGAAUUUUUCUACAGGGUGGACAGAAAUAUCGGGUACCCCCAAGAAAGUUUUUCAUUAAAAAUAUAGGUUGGCAACGUGAAAUAGAUGCAUAUGAUUGGUGAAAUGUUAUCUCUCCAGUCUAACAACCAAUCAUGUGCUACCAUUAUUAUCAUUCACUGUGACCAACCGAAGUAUUUAGCAGAAAACUUUUUUAGGGGUACCCGAUAUUUCUGUCCACCCUGUAUAUGAAGUCGUGCUUUUUAUUUUUAUGUGUCAGCCCCUUUUUUUCUCUCUCUCUCUCUGUUUGCAUUGAACAGCGGUGUAAAUUUGAAAAGAAAUUACUCACUUUGAUAAUUUUUCACGAGCUCCUGGCAGCUUAUUUAUAUAUUUUACGCCACUGUUGAUGUACCUACCUACUAUUAGAAUGAUGAUUGUGUACCUACUGUGUAGUAAAAAUUUUAAAAAAAUGACGAGCGUGUAUUCUACAUACAUAUUUUCUGUACGAAACAAUUUGAGAGUAUUGUAAGCAUAUAACAGUGUCACUAAUUGUAUGUGUCGUUGUGUUAAUAGGUAAUAUCUUUUUACUGUAAAAAGGCCUAAUUUUUUUAUUCAUAAUUAUUAUAGGUUCAUGUAACUUAUUAAAUUGUAAUUAAAAAUUUGUUAUGUAUGAAAACGUGUUACGAAAAUUGAAAAAAAAAAUACUAAAACUAGAAAAAAAAAAUUGUACAAAAAUAUCGACAUGGGAUUCGAAAUUUUGUGAUCGUCGAAUGGUUUGAUUUUGAUUACCGUAUGUCUUUAUGAACCUAUGUUAUUGAUUAAGUAUUGUGUAGUUUAUGAAUAAAAGAAAUGGGACAAAAAAAAAUUUCGAUAAGAUGAAAAAAAAAUUAAGUAACUAUAUUUUUUCGAUUAUGAAAAGUAAUUUUAUUCGUAUUAAUAUUGUGUACUGUGUGUUUACAUUUACUUUACAUACCAAUUCAGUUAUUUUAUUUAGACGUCAUUUUGUUUAAAAUUAAUUUGUGACAUUGUUAUUGAAAAUAAAUUUGUUUCUGUGCAA